AUCAAAGGGGAUACUUAAAUAAAUCCAUUCAAUCAAUUUAUUUUAGAAGAUAUAAUUUUUAGAGGGCAAUUUAUAUAUUUGGUGUAUUAUUAUGGCAAGUGACGAGGAAUCCAACGUAAGUGAUGCUGAAUCUGGCAAAAGCAGUACAGCAACGGUGCUAUCCGCAAGGCGAAUAAAAGAUGUCGAAGGAGGCUUGAGUUUUGUCACAAGUGAAAUUGACUUAUCCAAGGAAUGCAAGAAAGAUACAAUAAAUACUUUCAACACUACUUUUGAAGAAUUUUUGCAGACGAAGGCUGAGUUGAGUUUAGACGAGUUGAAUCGGUGUUUGGUGCUUCUUGGAACAUGCCCAAAUAUAUCGCAGUUUGAGCCGGAGAAUGUAGAAAUCUCAACAUUAUUCAUAAAUGUCCAUAAACUUUUAAGCACUAUCGAGUCAAGAUCAUCCUUGCUGUGGUCAGCGUUGUCAUUUGUUGAGCAAGCAGCGCAAAACGGUUCAGCUCGUGUCGCUCUUGUGCAAAAGUUUAAAUAUAUGGAGAUACUUGGAAAGCUGUUGGAUACUUUAAGCAAUCCGGAUCGCAUCCUACGUGUCCUCAAGCUGCUUGAAUGUCUUACUUAUGGCAUAACCAUUACAUGGCAGGAGCCGUAUCUCAAGGACCUUAUAAAAGCUCUCGUGAAUUUUAUAACCGGAGAAAAUGAAAUUCUGAUUGCUCCGGCAUUAUCGACUCUAAUAAAUCUAUGCUAUAAGAAUCUCCCGCCGGUCUACCUCCUGCUUCGUUGCAUUCAGCCAGAGGAGUUUCUGACUAAAAUCGAACCGUACGGAAUUCUGGCAUGCAAAAUGAGCUUACUAUUGGAAAACAAUUUGGACGGUGUUAUGGAAAAUGAUAUUUUGGCUUUUGUGAAAUUUACAUUUUCCGAAAUACAUCGAGCGCUCAGGACCUUUAAUCUUGGCUUACUUCGGCAUACGGUCGAAUUUUUCGCAGACAUGAAGGCAAAUCGAGCGAUUUGUAUGCAUUUCGAAAGUUACGAUAACUACCCAGAAGAUGUCCAAUGUAUUUUACAGUAUAUCAUAGCCGUGGAUAAUAGUCCUGACUACGACGUCGAUGUCGUCAAGGAGGCCAAGCGUGGCUGGUCCCAGUGCAUUUCCUUGUUGUUUGAGUUUCUAAUUAAUGUUGUGAACUUAAAAGCUGACGUACUGAAAACGUUGUUUCCGAAAAUGGCUUCAUGUGCCCUGAAGUGGAUAAUUUCGACGAAAGCUGGACCACAGUCAUUGGAGCUGCUAACGAGCUUGGUCAACAAAGACGAGCACUUCCGGUACCUAUCAUCAAUUUACGAAGAGCUAGCAAAAAAUAUCGGCAAUGCUUUAGUCAUAAUGGGUACAAUCAAUCCAAGCACGGAACAAAUAACUGCUCUUCUUAAGCUCUUAAGUGUUCUCAUACAGGAAAGACAGUUGACCGAGGAAUUUUCAGAAAUUAUUAAGUCGUUUCUGUUUGACUCCAUUUGCGGACCUUUACUCAGUCGAUAUAAUGGCAAAAAAAAAGUGAUACCCAAUAUCCCACAACCGGAAGUUUCAUUAUAUAUUCGCACGCUGGGAAUUCUGGCAGACCUUUCAUCAUGGAGCGCCGACUACUCUUGGAAAUCUGGACUAGACAACCUAAUGAAGUCUUCAGUGAUUCAAUUUGUUAUUGCUAAAGCGAUGCUUUCCGAGGAUGCAGAGACGUGCUCCCUUGUUUUCCGAUUGGCCAAAGUAAGCACAUUUCCCGUUCGAGAGACUUCAGAGAAAAUAGUCAAACAAGGCCCCAUCCUAAUAGCUCGCUCCAGCGCAGCGGAUUCCCUUCAGGAGCCUUCGUGUACCGUGGACCCACUGGCGAAUAAUUUGACCAGCUUCCGUACCGAGCAACGGGUCAAUGAACUGAUUGACAAGAUUACUGAGGCGCAAAAAGCUAACCAGAUCGGAAACGUUCUGAUGUCAGAUAUCAUGGAACUGUUCGAGUACAAGAUAACAAUGUGUACAAACGAAGAAAGGGAUUUGCUGUCGAAGUUGGAUGAAUGCAAUGCUCAGGUUACGAGCCUGUCGCAUAAACUCACCCUGUUGUCGGCAGAAGUCUCCCGGUAUCAAAGUCAAAAUUUCAUGCUGCAGAUGAAUAUCGAUAGAUUACAAGAAACAGCCCAAAACCAAAUUGAGGAAAACAAACGCCUGAAGAAGAUUUUAGAUAAUUACGAAAUGUCUUUGAAUGAAGAGAGCUCCAACCAAAUUGAACUAAUUACACAAAUUGAACACAAGGACUCUGAAAUUCACGCCUUGAACAAUCAAUUAACCCAAGCUGGGAGGAAACUGGAGGAGCACGAAGAUGAAUUACGACGGUUACAGAAGCUCAUUGCAUUUGAGCGUCACCAAACCACCGAAUUGGAGCAACGUGUAAAAAAUCUCGAAAUCCUCAACGCCGAGCUCCAGGCCAGAAUAGCACAACAGGACCAGAACAUCCGAGAUAAUACUGAAGAAAUAUUGUUAUUGGAGAAGGAAAACUCUGCACUGGAAGACCAGGUGAAACAAACGGAGUGGGCACUCCAGGAGAAAACCAAUCUAUUAGAGCACUACGCUCAGGACUUACGGGAUGUUGAAGAGAUGCGAACUCGAGUUGUAUCCAUUAUGAAACGAGAGUCUGCCGUCAUGAGACAGGAUUAGAUUAAAAUAAUUUGUAUUUUCAGAAUGUUUUGAAUUUUUUUAUACUAGCGAAUGUUGUCUGUUGUAUCUUGUAUUUUGGAAAUAAAUUAUUGAUUUA